CUCUCCCUCUGACUGAUCCAGUGGAUGUAGAUGUCGCCAUCUUGGAAAAUCGCUAUCUUUUAUUUUUUUGCGUCUUUAUUUCUCUGUUAUGUCUUCUAACUGUGAUCAUUAUAUUAGGCGGUGUUCUUUGCUGGCCCCUUGCUGUGAAAAAUACUACAACUGCAGGUUGUGCCAUAAUGACAAGGAGGAUCAUGAACUGGAUAGGAAAACUGUACAAAGAAUUAAAUGUCUCCAGUGUGGCAGCUGUCAAAGUGUGGCAUCACACUGUACAAAUUGUGGAAUAAAAUUUGGUCGAUACUACUGUGAGGUCUGCCGCUUGUUUGAUGACCAUGAGAAGGGACAGUUUCAUUGCGGUGAUUGUGGAAUAUGCAGAGUUGGUGGAGAGGAGAACUUUUUUCAUUGUAGGCGAUGUGACAUGUGCUUAGGAAUUCAAUUGAGAGGCUCACACAAGUGCAUUGAAAAGAGUUCACGAUCGGCUUGUCCCAUUUGCUAUGAGUUUUUAGAUGGGUCCCAGUUCUUUCUCUUCCCCGGUGUUAAAGACAACAAAAUGGCGGGAACAAGCAACGACACUUUGUCAACUAUACUUGAUAAGAUGCACCUUGCGCAUCUUAUUGAGAACUUCCAGCAUGAAAAGGUAACUGUGGAUCAAAUAUGUAAGCUAUCUUCUGAAGAAAUGGAACUUUUAGGUGUGAAAGAUCGCAACGCAAUGAUGAAUUUAAGGUUAGAGUGUUUAAACUACGGUAGCAAUCCACCGCCAAGGAAACCAGGAACACAAGUGUGUGGUGCUCCUGAGUACUUAAUUUCUAAGUCAGUUUUAGAGGGGUACCUGGAGGAUGGCUUUAAUAUCAAGGACAUUGCGUCGUUACUUUCUGUUUCAGAAAGUACCAUUUAUCGUAGAAUGGGUCGUUACAGCCUCAGUCAGUUGCAAUUCACAGAAAUAACAGAAGGUGAGCUUGAUGAAGUUGUAGAAGAAAUAACUAGGGAAUACCCUUCUUGUGGAGAGGGACUGCUAAAGCAAAUAUUGGCAGAUCGGGGAAUAAAGGUUCAGAGAAUGGGGCUCCGUGACAGCAUUCAUAGAGUCGAUCAUGAGGGAGUCGAAAACAGGAAGAGAGGCCGUCUAUGUCGAAGGACCUAUAAUGUUCAGGGUCCCAAUCACUUAUGGCACAUAGAUACAAAUCAUAAGCUCGUACGUUGGCAUCUGGUAGUAAUAGGGGUUAUUGAUGGUUUUAGCCGCUUACCGGUCAUGCUUUCAUGCAUGGAUAACAACCAAGCUGAAACAAUCCUGAAGUGUUUUUUGGAUGCAGUAGAUGAAUUUGACCCGCCGAGCAGGAUAAGAUCUGACAAGGGCAUGGAAAAUGUUGAUAUUGCCGAUACCUGUUUUACCAAGUUGCUGGAGUCUGGGGGAUAUGCUUGCCCUAUAUGUAACAGGUCUAUGGUUGACAUGUCUCGUAUGUGGCGACAAUUGGAUCAGGAGAUAUCACGUACACCAAUGCCAGCAGACUACAACGACUUCAAUGUGACGAUUCUUUGUCGAGAUUGUCACAAGGAAAGUAAGGUCAGAUUUCAUAUUCUUGGACUGAAGUGUAUGGAGUGUGGGUCAUAUAACACCAGUAAAGAAGGUGAAGAGGGAAUUCCUAUGGUGCUGAGACCUCAGGCUGAUGUUCAACAACCUGAUGAGGGAGAUGGCUGGGAAACUGAAGAAGAAGAAGAAAUUCUGGGAGGAGAGGAAGCCAAUGAAACAAAUGAAGAUCAGCCAAACAUCCAAGAGGCAGUGGAUAAUUUUGAAGGGCUGAAUGUAUCAGAAGUUGUGUUGAAUAUAGAUGGGGAGAAUAACAAUGUUCUUCCCUUGGACUGAGAGUGUGUGAACUAUAUGACUUAAUUGCACUUUUUCCACACUUGUAUCAGGCAAAUACCUGGUAGCCUUAACACCCUUUCACCCUUGCAAUCCUUUUUUGUAAACUUGAGCUUCAAAUUGAGAGCGUCUUCAGUUGGUGUUUUUAGUAAAGUGUUGUGUUGCACCAUUGAUAGUGUCUUCUUUGAAUUGAAGGAUGUUGCCUGAAGAAAAAAUAAUCACAUGUAUCUGCCAACGAAUCCAAACAUUUAAAAAAAAAAUUACUAGACCGUUCCUAGUCCGGACAUACGUUAUUGGAUAUAGCACAGCAAAAUUUCAUUUUCUUUUUCUAGUUUCAACAUAAAAUUAUAUACACAAUUUCAUACAGGAUAGAACAUUAAGGUCCCCAUGAACUGUUUCUACUUUUUCACGUGAAUCUACACAUUGCCCAAAGGACUUCACUUGCUUCUGCGGAAAAAAAUAUUUUGAUUUGAACAAAACGUAAUAUUGACAUUAAUUUUCAAAGCAUUUGAAAUUUCCUGCCAUUUGGGGUAACUGUUCAUUUCUGUCAUCUCUCAGUUCUUUUCCAUAACAAAGGGAUUGUGAUGAUGAUUAAGGAACAGUGUGUCUUCGAACUAAACGUAAACACAUUGUGGACGAGGGAAACAUCUUCAAGUUUUUUCUUUGAGUUUAUUUUCCAAAAAUUAUGCGGGAAAUAAGUGCCAGAAAGAUACGUUGCAAGGACAAGAUGCAACCACGUACAAUUUUCCUUUGUUUUGUAAAUGCUAUGGCAUGGUUAAUACUCGGUAUUUGUGGUGCUUCACUACUUCCAGCCAUUUCAUGACAACCUUCUUUCAAGCAAAAGUUGCUGUAAGAAAUAGAACAUUAUUUUUCUCUUCAAAUUGUAUAUUUCUGAUCAAUUCCAUUUAAUAGAAAGUGACCAUACAAGUUCAAGAAAGUAUUGGAUAACCUUUCUACAUAAAACACAAUUUUUAAUUAGCUUCUGAGGUUAAUGGCUCAUUGUUGGACAAUCAAAUAACUCAAAAGAACCAAAACGUAAACACAAACCUUUGUUUGAAACUUAGUCCUCGAUAAUAAUUGCAAUGGUAUAUCAUAAUAACUCUUUAUAUACAGUAAUAUGUGUAAUUUUUUCACAUUUUGAUUGGUUCUUAUUAACUAGUAAUUGGAGGACAGAUGCAGUUGACAUCAUAAACCAUGAUGCCAUUUUUUGUAUCUUUAUUAUAAAACAAAUACAAUCCAUGUUUCCAUGCGGAAUGUACAUUAGUGACAGGAGUAAACUGGUAUGAUCUUACCGUGGUAGAAUUAUAAGUAGGGCAAGUAAUCCAAUUAUGUUGUAUUGUAAGCAGUGUAAGUAUUAGUAUUGUUAGUAGCGUGAGUAUGCGUAUUAUAUAAAGUAAGUGUUAGUAUCGUAAGUGGCGUAAGUAAUAAGUUUUUUGUAAGUAGUGUAAGUAACUACAUUAAUAUUGUAUUGUAAGCAGUGUAAGUAGCUAUUAAUUAAAAAAAUAAAUGAAUAAAAAUUAAUAAAAAAAAAUGUUUCCAUGCGUGUGUUCAGUAUUUUACAAUAACCACGGAAAUUCUUGCACACUCAUUGGCUAAUUUUCAUUGUCAAUAAGCA